AUGCCUUCAAUUACCCAGCGUCGUAAUGUUGUUUGCCAUUGCACUCUAUGCAGCAGAAACUUCUUACAAUACUCUUUGGUAUCAGGCAGAACUGCUGAGCAUCAUAUUGUAAAAGAAAAACUCGAGAGAGUGCAGAAAUCUGAUGCAGCUAAAAGAUUUGCAAACUCUGUGCAAGAAGAAGAAAUGAUGGACGUUGAUACUCAGUAUAAUCAGGCCGACUCACCUGAUUUGAAUGCUGCCAUGAUGGCUGACAAAGUCUCGGUAGACAAUGAGAUCAGCGAGGUCAAUGGCAAUGGCUCUGAUAUUGAAAGAGACAUGAACUCUGACUCUGGCAGUGGUGAAGAAGAAGACCCAUUUGAUGCUCCUAACAUGCCUGAAAACCCUGUCCAUCGGUUCAUUGCUACCUUUGCCAUUCUUUUUAUCUCGCGUUAUCCUGUUAAAAAAGGUGCCACCAUAUUGAUUGAAUUUAUCAAUCAGUUACUCAAGAUCUACAACAAAGAUUUCCAAUUACAAACAAGUCUUAUUGGCCUGCAAAGAAUGACUGGUUUUUCUAAUUAUGUCAAUGGUAUUAAGAAGUCUGUUGUAUGUGAAGACUGCCACAAGGCUCACAAACAAGAUGUGCCUCACCCUACUCAUUGCGACUUCAAAAAGCAUGGUUCUCAAUUACCAUGCAACUGUGAAUUGAUGAAGAUUUCAUCUUCUAGUGCUAUGGUAGUCAAGCAAUCAUACGUCUACAACUCUAUCCAGAGAUCAUUACAACUUAAGGUUGUAGAUACACUAUGUGACGUCUAUGAUGGUGCUAUGUGGAAGGAGCUAAAGGACCAAAGUGGCGUAUCAUUUGUGGAUGAAUCUCGUUCAUUGAUGCUAACAAUGAACAUUGACUGGUUCCAGCCAUUUGAUGGCGUUACAUAUUCAACUGGAGCUAUCUACCUUGCUAUAAAUAACUUGCCUUUUGCCUGUGACAUCCCCGCUGCCAGGAAGACCAGUGGAUUCACUGCCUACAACAGUACUUGUGCAUGCCCCAGAUGUGUGAGGCAAUUUACCAGGUUACCAAGUACCAAUCAGGUCGACUUCAGUAGGUUUGACUAUUUGAUGUGGAAAAUCUGUAGCAGUCUGGAAAACAGGUUGCAUGCUGAGGAGUGGAAGAGUGACAUACGUGGAACGAUCAUCAAUUCCAUACAUAAUUUAUUCCUGGGGACACCAAAGAGAAUGAUGGAGCGGUGGAUAAAAGAAGGACUGAUAGACAAUAGAAAGCUAGCUACUAUGCAAGCAAUGGCAGAGACAAUGGUGGUGCCAAUGGAUUACGUGGUGUUGAAAUCGAAGAUCGGAAAGGGCUUUCCAUACAUGAAAGCUGAUAAAUGGAAGUCCUGGGUGCUAGUGUAUUUGCCUAUCUUGUUGAAGGCCGUCCUGCCAAUUGAAAUGUUCAGAAAUUGGAUCAGUUUUGUUGAUGCCUGCCGCCAAUUAGUAAAGCCAAGCAUCACGUUCUCUGACAUUGACGAUGGCCAUAAAUUUCUUCAAGAAUUCUGUACUGAGUGCCAGUGUAUUUACACUCCAACUAUUCUCACCUGUAACAUGCAUUUACAUCUCCAUCUUCGCGAGACCAUCCAUGAUUUUGGACCAGUAUAUAGAUAUUGGCUCUUCAGGUUUGAGCAAUAUAAUGGUCUGCUAAAGAACGUGAAUAUGAACAGAAAAGAUUCCUUUGAGGUUACAUACAUGAAUAGUUUCGUCCAAGAUACAUUCAAAGGUGAUUUCGUUCAUGCUGCUGUCACGUGCCCAAGCCAAGUAUCAUUUCUUCCUCUUCUCACCAAGCUUACUGCCACAGCUCAACCCUCCACUUCAAAAAAUACAAUAACUUUUCCCCAGCGCCCAUUCAGACUAUUGGCCUUCAUCCAAGCAUACUCAAACCCUUCUCUUCCAGUCCUUGGCAAUGAACCUCUUCCUCAAUCCACAUUUCCUCUCCAUAUCAAACCCCCAUCAGCAAUGAGUGAUGGCGACUAUCCUCAUUUGCUUGAUUACUAUAAAGUCGCAUACUGCAUGCCAAAUCUCGAAGGUUACCAGCAUCCCUCCUCUCCAUUCUCCUUUGUCGACAACCAAACUAUAAAGUUGAAAUCAAGCAAUUUGCUUGGUCAGGUUUACAAAGGCUGCAAAUAUGCUUCUGGUCAUGGCUCAUUUGUUCAAUCUCUGUUUCUUGGAAGUCAAGGCAAUAAUCGGUUGGCAUACACUAGACAAAUUCAGUAUCUAUUCUUGCACUAUUUCACUCCACCAGUAGACAACACAGAGCUCCAAACACGUGUUGUUUAUCAAAAUAAACACGUGUUUGUGUUUGUUAAGUGGUUCCAGAUUGAGCAUGACCAUUCAAGAGACUUGGAAAGUGUUGACAUCUGCAGUGCAGAUUUUAUUGUGUGUGAUUUUGAAUGCAUCUUGCCAGUACAUCAAAUAUCAUCAGUUGUUGCAACAUGUGAUUAUAAAACCAGCACAAAUAAUAAGAAAAUACUUGUCAACGCUUUACCACACAAACAAUACAAUUAA